AAACAUAUCGGCAUCUUCUAGAACAAUUAACAGUGGGAGUUUAUGUUUUUGAUGAUGUGGAAGCAAAUGUAACUUGAUCACAGCAGCCAAUAAACGUAAGCCACGCGUUUCAACUUCAAUUUCCAACAAUUUUAAUUUAACAUCCAGAAAUAGGUCUUCCUUCAGUGGCAGCAGAAAAUCACUACAAAAUGGACCACAAACUUUGUUUUGUAGUUUUCUGCUUAAUUUCCGCAGUAUUAGCAGUGCCAAAGGAGGAAGUUCAUGGGGAAAAGAGGGUACAUAAUAAGGAGUUAAGUGAUAAAGAACACUCGGAAAAUGGGCACCACAAUCCUGAAUAUGACCACGAAGCUUUCUUGGGAGCAGAAGAAGCAAAAACUUUCGAUCAACUGCCCCCUGAAGAAAGCAAAAGGAGACUGGGAAUAAUAGCAGACAAAAUUGAUGUCAACAAUGAUGGAUUUAUCAACAGAGAAGAACUCAAGGAUUGGAUCAGAUUUACUCAGAAACGAUACAUUACUGAGGAUGUUGACAGACAGUGGAAACAACAAAACCCUGAUGAUAAGCCAACCCUACCAUGGGAGAGGUACCAAACAUUGGUUUAUGGUUUUCUAGAAAAUAUGGAUCCAGCAGAAAUCGAAAAUGAUAGUACAGGUUUCUCCUACAAAAAGAUGAUGGCCAGAGACCAGAGGCGUUGGAAGACUGCAGACAGAGAUCAAGAUGGUGAAUUAAGCAAAGAAGAAUUCGCUGCUUUCUUACAUCCUGAAGAAAACGACUAUAUGCGUGAUCUGGUUGUACAAGAAACUAUGGAAGAUAUUGACAAAGACAAAGAUGGCAAAAUUUCAGUGGAAGAAUAUAUUGGAGACAUGUACAGAAGUGACGAGAACGAAGAAGAACCUGACUGGGUAAAGAGCGAACGUGAACAGUUCAACACCUACCGCGACAAAGACGGAGACGGAUACAUGGACGAGGAAGAGAUCAAAAACUGGAUAUUACCCCAAGAUUUCGACCACGCCGAAGCCGAAGCGAGACAUUUGAUCUACGAGGCAGACUCCGACGCUGACGAACAACUAACCAAAGACGAAGUGUUGACCAAAUAUGACCUUUUCGUUGGAUCUCAGGCUUUAGAUUUCGGCGAGGCUCUCACCAGACACGACGAGUUUUAAACGAAACUUCUUACGGAGUUUCUGAGGUGAAAUUGAUUUAUUUUUAGCUAAAUAUGUGAAAAUGUGGUGGAAUGUUGAUCUAGAAGCGAAAUUUUAUAUCUAGUAUAUAAAAGAAAAACUUCAUAUACAAAUUCGGAAAAAGUUUAUGGUUAGUGUUACAAAAUUAGCGACAUAUCUAACUAAUAUGCUAAUAUUACGUUUUCAUUUAAUAGACAAAGAUCACAAUCAUAUUUCAUUGAGAUAUGAAACCUUUCAACAUGAACCCAAAGGCAAGCACUUUGUCCUGGUGUCUUAGACCAGUACAAUUGUAGUUGAUUGAGUUCCCAGGUCCGGAGUUCCUCUCUGAUGUGGCUUUUUGAUAGUCCACAAAAGGGUUCUGGACUUUGGAAUGGGGUAUAAGCCCCAUCUUUUGCGAGGCUGUCUGCUUCCUUAUUUCCUGCAAUUCCUUUGUGACCUGGCACCCACAUUAAAGUUACUUUGUUGCUCUCCGAUAGCUUCUUGAGGGGUUUUUUACAGUCUCAAACCAACUUUGAUUCACAAGUAAUUGACUUUGGAACCUUUAAAACGGCUUGGCUGUCUGAUAAAAUAAAGAGUUUUGCCAUAUGAGUGUCUAGGUGGAGACAUUCUUGGAUACUAAUGUCUUUAGCAUUUAUUUCUGCCAGAAAGAUAGUUAGGGGCGUUCCCAAGAGAUUUGGAUAGCCUGAAAUUGGGCCCAGCAGCUCCCAUUCCUGUCCUUCCAGUAGCCUAAAAGUGGGCCCAGUAACUUCCACUUCUGCCCUUUCAUCUAUCUGUGGCGACACGCUUUAAUUACUAUUUUUGCUAAUUUUAUUUUUUAAUAACUUUUCUCAAAACGGUCAUAUAAAGUUCACAUUUAAUAUACAAACUAGUUGCUAAGAAGUUUUACAAAACGAAAUGUAUCCCUAACCACAUUUAUGCUUUUGGUGUGUUCAGUUUAACAAACUGAAUUCCCCAUAAAUUAAUUACCUUAUCAGACCUUAUGUCAACGCACUUUGGAAAUGCAUUCGAAGACGUUUCUUAAAACUACAGAAAGGUUCUGAGCUUUUACAACGCCAGAUGUAGUAAUUUAUUGCCUUUUCUAGCCAUAUUGUAAAACCACAAACAUUAUGACCGUGUUGUGGUCUCUUCAGUAUCGUCACAGCAGGCAGGCAGUUCAGACGCACCCUCGCUGCCCCAAAACAAUAAACAACCCUCUUACGAGAUGAAUAAGCACGCAUUUUAACCAAAAAUAAAAUAAAUAUUACUGUUCAUUGUUUACACUUAUUUUUAAUUGAUUCCGUUAACACCCACCAUCGGAGCAUACCUUAGAAUCCAUCCGUAUACCAUACUAGUGAACCUUCUUCCAGUUUCGGUUCAACUUCUUCGCCCAUUUGGUGGUUUUUAUGACCGUUUCAAAGGGUGUUUCGAAGUCGAAUUUGACUGGCAUGACAUCAGCCGGCCUAUCCUUAGAAUCCAAUGGAAUUUCUUCCAAGAUUUUUAGGUGGCCCACUAGAUCUCCAGGUUUCAUUAUUUGUGUCUGUCGCCCAGUGGCGGCCCGUGAGGUAGUGCCAUAGAGCCAUGGCACUACCUUGCUAACUAUCCAUAAACAUAUUUUUUAUCUUCAAAACUUUUUAAUUCCUAUUAAUUUUUUUGUGUGUAUUUCUUUUGAUCUUCAUAAAUUAUAUAAAAUAUGGCAACUAUGGGCGCAAUACAAUCCCUGCCGACAGCGGAGAGUAUUCGACAGGAGAAUCUCCUUCGCGCCGAAGUCAGUACUGGCACGAGUAAAGAGAGAAAGAUUUUACGAGCAUUAUAUGUAAGUGACAGAGAAAGAGCUAUAUUGGACUAUUAGUAUACCUUAACAUUAGAAUCUCUGUGCCAGGCACGAGGGUAUGAAGCCAGGUCUAUUUAUUUUGAGUUUCUUUACGUGCUGGUUUGUCGCUUUUAUUAUGUAUAUUUUCUGUUAAAAAGUUUUUGUAUUUAUAAUUAAACUUUUAGUGCAUCAUGAUCGUGGGUAUUUUGAUAAUAUUUUGAUUAUUUCUUAAGUUUAAUUUAUUAAUUGACAAUAAAGAUUAGUAUUUUAAAAAAUUUUUGGUGGUUUUUCGCUAGAAAAAAAAAACUACAAAUGUUAUAAGGUGUUGUGGAGCUUUCGAGUUAGCUUUAAGAGGUCACGACGAAAAAGAAAAUUCAGAAAAUAGAGGCAUAUUUAAGGAGCUGGUCAAUUUUAGCGCCGAAUUAGACAACGACUUAAAGGUUCAUAUUAUUCAAAGUACCAGAUCUUUCAAAGGUCUACCUUCUCCGGACAUUCAGUUGCUUCUAAUUUAUUUAUGUCGGAGAAGUUUUCUGCUUAUAAGCAUCAGUUCUCCGAAUCAUUUCUUAAUGAACCAUGGAGACAAUUUUAAUUUUUAAGCAAAACUCGGUUUAAAACUGAAUUAGAAGUAGGUACUGUAUUAGCGAGACGAAUUAAGUACUACCUCUGGGGCUGUUUCGCUAUCGGUUUUAUUGUAGAGGGAAGGUUUAAAAAGCACAUUUGAAGAAACUAUUAAACUUUUAAGUAUUUUAGUUACCAUUCCUAUUCAACAUCUGAAGCAGAACGCUGUUUUUCGAUGUUUACAUCGAAACCUAGUGCUUUAGGUAUGCUAUCUGCAGAAAAGCAUUUUGUAAAUUGUAUUGAUAAUUUUAAUUAUAAAGUCAUUGAAAACUUUGCAACCAAAAAAUAGAAGAAUGAACUUCAUAUAUCGUAAACUUUAAAAGUGACAUUACAAAAAUUUGUGCAUGUGUGUGAAUAAUGAAAUAGUAUAAUUUUUAUAAAUUGGUAAAUAGAGACUAAAUCGUAAUAACAAUUUUCAAGCACUGUCAGCAGUAAAUGCUGGUGGUAGGUUAAGAGGUUUUUAUUAUUAAUUAAUUUACGGAACUGUUUUGAUCAGUGUUGGACAAUUGCUUGGCACCUCAGAUCAAUAAACUUAAGAUAUGUACAUAAGAUAAAAGUAUCCGCGCAUAUUUUUUUUAGUUUUUGUUGUCAAUAUACCUUUUUUUGACAAUAUCGUGAAUCCGUCACUAAAAAUUUUGGCGGCUGCUCGAGUUGUGGCACUACCUUCUUAAAGUGGUACGAGCCGCCACUGCUGUCGCCGCUUUAAGGCGGUGGUUACUGCCUCCCUCCUUAUGCAGAACUGCAAGGGAGGAAUAUUCAGCAUCGCCUCUAGAGCUGCAAUGGGGCAUAUUGACAUUGCCCCUAUGAUUCUCAGACAAGCUAGCCGCUGCACUUUUUGCAGCUUGGCGUAAGCUGUUGUUUUACGCCUAAAACAGUUUUAUUUUUGACAUAUCAGAAAUCAAAACAACCCAAUAUGUUGGUAAAUUAUUAUUUUUGUUUUGUUUGUGGUCAUGUUUCACAUUGAAAUUAGAUUAAUAUUUACAAAAACCCAAUUAUUUUUAAUGAGUAGGCGUUCUUACCACUGAGCCACAGAGCGGGUACUAACAUAUCUAUUAAAGUAAAAGUAAAGUAUCAUGUAAAUUACCUAUUACGCAUUUGUCGCGUGCACACUUUCCAAAAACUAUCGUUAGACCACCCCACAACAACCUUUUCUGGGGACAGUUGGCCCAUCCCUAGAGGGUUGGAGAGAGGCCAGUAGUAAUCAUAAAAAAUCAAUUUAAAACAAAAAAUGUCAUUUUCAACAUUCCACCACAUUAAACCUAACUGCCGCUACUUUAAUAAACUACUUACUAAGUGCUACUUAUACAAUAUUUGUAUAUUACCACUUUUUCCAUUUCUGCGAUACUUACCAUUUUGUGUAUCAGUAGAUGUUUCUACGUACUAUUUUACAUUGAGCCAUAUUUUUCUACUUCUUUAAUGUUAAGUGUAAUGUAUUUUGUCUUAUGUUAAAAAUAUGCAAUAUUUUAAUAUUUUAUGUAACGUUCCUAAAUUGAAAUUUGUGUUUGUGAAAAAUUUAUUUGAUUUAGGAUUAGAUGUUUAUAAAGUAAAUUGUACAUAUUAUUUUUAAAUUAAAUGUUUUAAUGAAAUUUUA